UCUUGCUGUCCGGCAUUGCAUUCUCGGUCGAAAUCAGUGCGUUCUCGGCCAAAAUCUAUGCUCCGCUUGGUCAGCGCUUCACUUUCUUGACAACUCUCUGCACGAUUGCAGCAGCGCCAAAUGCAGGAGAGCAAUGCCGCCAGGAAGAUCCGCAAGCCAUACACCAUCACAAAGUCGCGCGAGAGCUGGACGGAGCACUACAAAUUCCUUGAGGCGCUUCAACUGCAUCGAGAGCAGGGGAUGGGUUUUGCCACUUUGCUACUGCAACUACGUCUUGUCCAAGCUGGACGAGUUGAUGGCAAAUGCUGCGACGACUGAGUGGGAGGAUCAAGAGGAAACACUGGCACGUCUAACACAUCUUGCUGGAGCUAGUCUACUCCUGGCUGCUGCUUCAGCUCGGGCGCAACGAGCAAUCCCUCGUUUGGCUCGCGCGACUAGAGAGUCAAGCUCUAGCCAGCACCGCCACCACUGGAUAACAGGUGGAGAAGUUUUUCUUGUUUCUCCUGGACAACUUCAAUUACGAGGAUCGGCCAGAUCACGCUAGCUUAGCGAGGCUGAGACAAAUCCACGAUAGCUUGAGCAGCAGCCUGGUCAGGAUCGAAUGGAAGUCAACGAAUGUAUUGCCUGGUGUCCUCCAGAUGCUCGAGGUACUGUGAGUUCAUCAGACGUGGUGUCCAAACUCUUUUUUCUUUGUCCUUCUAGGAGCUCAUGAUACCCUGUCGACGCGAGUGAGCUCCUCGGCCGCCUUGUCCACACCUUCUGUGAAAAAUUGUAAUAGCAAUCUGAAAAAUGACCAACUCAAUUCCAACAAAAAAAUCCAGAAAGAUUACUCCAACAAGAAAAGUGGGGUGGUAAAAUUUUGGCCACCAGAUAUCAUUGAACACUAUUUGAAGUGGUGAAAUCAUGGUUAUUGUGGAUGAAUAUUUUCCAUAA